AUGGCGGACAUACUACAUCACGACGAGACCCGAUACCUGGACGACACAACCAUACAAACACUAUCGUACCUAGAGUCUCGCCUUAUGCGCAUCGAGCAUAUCCUCUAUGGUCAUGCAGCCCAUUCCUCGAACAUCGACGCUCUGCCCAAUGUCCAAAAUCUCGAACACCGCUUUGCUCAGCUCACACAGCGCUUCCGCACCUAUGGCGAGCUCCUAGACAUCUACAACGCGCAUCCAAACCUCUUCUCCGCCCCAUCGACAGACGCCGUCGCACCCCCCGAACUAUCCACCGCGGCUCUCGCGCAGAUGGUCCUCGCCUCCUCCUCCUUGUUCCCCUCCACUGCCUCCGCUCUAAACGCCAUCAGCGACACCCCCGUCGCCGAUCCAGCUUUAAGUGCCAACGUCAUAUCACUGCUCCCGCGGAUGCGCGCCGUGGAAGCGACCCAGAAGGCGCAGGCCGCCGAGGUUGCCGAGCUCAAGCGCCAGAGUGAGCUCUUGAUCAGGAGGUGGUACGAGCAGGGCGUCGUGGGGUACGGCGAUUUUGUUGCCGAUACCGAAAAACGCCUAGGUAGGGCUGAGAGGGCGAUUAGGCGGGCCGAGAAGGUCAGAGAGGAUGCGUGA